UCUACUGACCAAGAUAUGGAUCUAUCCCGCCUAGAGUCUGGACCCACCGGUCAAGAGUCUGAGCCUGCAAGCCUAAAUUUCGACUCUGCUAGCCAAGAUUAUUUCUCUACUGGCCAAGAAUUCGAUUCUCCCUACCAAGAAUUGGACCUGGACUCUCUUAACGAAGAUAUUUAUUCCCAGUCCAUGCCAGAUCCCAUGACAAAGACCUCUGUGGGCACAUAUGAGUCCCACCCGACUUCUGAACCGAUGGCUCUGACAGAGGCCGAGCAAUUGGAGCUCAAAUCUGAGCUCGCUAAAUUGGAGGCAGAAAUCGUAACCCUACGCCAAGCGCUGGCAGCCAAAGAGAGGCGCUGUGGGGAGCUCAAGAGGAAGUUGGGCCUCACCACCAUGGAUGGACUGAGACAGAAUCUGUCCAAGAGCUGGCAUGAUGUCCAGGUCUCCAACACCUACGUGAAACAGAAGACGUCAGUCGCCCUGUCCUCCAUGAGCUCUGCUAUCUGCAGGAAGUUUGGAGACAUGAAGAAGUCGGCCACAUUCAGAUCUUUUGAAGGUCUGAUGGAUACAAUCAAGUCCAGAGUCACAGGGGGCAGAGAAUUUGACAGCGAUUGUCUUCCUUCUUCAGCAAGGAGUGGGGAUGAUUUGCUCCCUGUUUUGGGGAUUGGGGAUGACCUGCUCCUGGUUCCAGAAGGUGGGAAUGAUCCGCAACCAGUUCUGAGGAGUGGGGAUGACCUGUUCCCAUUUCUGGAGCCAGAAUGAGCUCCUUGGUAAUCUUGCCUGGCUCCCAAACUAGUGCAAGAACCCCCUUCCCUCAUCACAUUUGCAACUCUGCGCAACAAAAACAAUGAAACCACAAUGGUAAAGUUAAUUCAAGAAAUAGACAGAGUCCAGUUUUGAGAAAAGUAAUGCCCAUUUGUACAUAGAUAUUUGCUGCUGUCGAAUGAGAGAGAACCUAAUGUUUUAUACCUGGUUAUUUUACACUAAAAAAAAAAAAGUCAUACUUUGAGUUGAUGUUUUAUAUUUUACACUAAAUUUUGUAGAUGAAACAUGUCACUAUGCUAGCUUUCCUGGAAUUGCAUUUAAUGGACGGGACAAUCGCUCCAGAGGGUUCUUAGGCCAAAACCCAAACUCUCUUUUGGAAAAGUAAUCUAUUAGAAAGCCAAAGUAGACUUCUGUUUAGAACUUGGAAAAGUUAUGAAAUAAUCUAUAGUUUUAUCCCUUCCCCAUUUUCUUCCUUCCUUAAGUCUAAUGUGAACAUAGUUACCUUCAAAGCUCCAUCUGGCCUACAACUUGUAUUUUUAAAAGAUGGUUUUAAAAAUGCUGAUCAAGAAGAUGGUUCAUCUUCUCUGAGACCUCCAGAUAGGCAGAAAAUAUAUUAGUGGACUGAUUGUUACACUAAUAAUAUAUAUUUUGUGAAUUUUUGUUUGUUUGUUUUCAAAGCUCCCAACUAAGCAUAGCAACCUUAGGUUUAAUUUAGGAGGUUGUUACUACUUUGGACACAACCUGUAAUUGCAACUUUACUUUACCUUGUGCUUUAUCUCUUUAUAUAUCAAAAUGAGGGCUGUAAAAGUUUAGCCCUUGUGGCAGCAUGUCUCUGCCAUAAGAGUAUGCCACCUAAAAGGAAGAAAAUUGCUUCCUUGUCCUACCACAAUUCCUAGUUACCACCUCCUGCUGAGGAGCUGGAGGGAAACAGUAUAGCCAAAUUCAAGAAAGUUAACACCCCCCCACAACCCGCCCAAGCAACAUUUUUAAAAAGACUGUCCAUCUCCUGUGAUGCUGGUGAUUAUGCAUUUGAAUGGACCUAACUGAUUAUACAUCACUGCUGUGUUUGACAGGAAGUUUGUCCUUGUUUCUAGCUAACCCUGAGAAGGAAACAGAAUCCAACCCUCUGGAGAUAUCAAGACUAUAGGAAUCUGGUUUGGGUUUGUUCAAACUUUCUGAUAUUAAUUUUAAUAGGAACUAUGAUUUUGGGGUGGUUAUUUUUGGUUUUGUUUUUUUCCUUUUCCAUUCUCAAAAUGCCAAGAUCUGGUAGCCUCUUUUAUUCCUCUAGUCACACUGCCUGAGGUUGAAGUUUGUGUCUUAUUGGCUGUAGGCAGAGGGACUAGGACAUUUAUUUGCUUGGGUACAUAUCAGUAACUUCUCACUACCUAAAGGUAUCCCUCCAGAUUAAAAGGGUGAUCCUGUUUUAUUAAUUCUUUAAAAUUCUCCCUCUACAUUCCUUUGGUUUUCCUACAACCAAAACCAAAUACCACUAUAAAUGCAAAAGCACUUGGCAAACUAUAAAGUCACUGGUUUAUCCCAGCCUUCCACAGAUGUCUGAAGACAACAAUUUGCUUGGAUUAAAACAAGAUGUUUAACUAUUUUACACAUUUGUUUUUUAAUUUGUUAUGUUUAUCAACCAAAAUGGCUUUGUAUGCUGACAAACAAGAGGUGAAACUGCAGCACACAAGAAGUGAAAGUAGUUCAACAGAACUACUUUCACUUAACCUUAAAUUUCAGAAAGGCUUGUGUUAAACCCUGACAUCAUGUGCCAAACUCAAAAUAUGUUCUAUUUUA